AUGCCCGCCAUACGUCUGACUCUCGCAUCAAAUGCAAACCAAUCAACGAAAUGCCCAAUCCUUAUACCCGCUUCCGCGUCCACUAACCCCACAGCUUCGUCUUCUGUCCGAGCGCUUGUCUUCAAGAGUGCGCAGGCAAAACUGCGUGUAAAGAAACCUACUCGUGUCUUUGUCGGACGCAGCGGGCAAGAGCUUGUAUCUGAAGCAGAUUGGAAGAGCAACAUUAAUAACGAUGUCGUAUUGCUCGUCUCAGCGGGAGAAGACUAUGUUGGUGCGAGGAAAGUAUCAGGGGUGCAUGCCGACGCAAAUCCACAAUGCCCAGUUGAAAUAUUAGCAUCUGAAGCAACCCUCAUUGAACCGCUGGCUUUAACUCAGCUUGAGACUACCGCGCGCACGCUUCCGGGUAUCAUACACGCCGUUGGUCAACCCGAUCUCCACCCAGGCACCAAGUUUCCCAUCGGCGCAGUCUUUGCUUCCAAGGGAUGGAUCCAUCCUCCUCUAAUCGGUGGCGAUAUCGGAUGUGGUAUGGCCUGGUACAAAACAACACUCAACAGAAGCCAGGUUGAUGGGAACAAAGGCAAGAAUGUUGCUAAUCAGCUUCGGGGACUAGAGGGUGCCUGGCGCAACCAAGCCUAUCGAGAGAAAUGGCUCUUGGACGAAGACAACUGUAGCAUUUCCGCCGGUAAACAGUGGGACGCUGCUCUGGGCACCAUAGGAGCUGGGAAUCAUUUUGCCGAGAUCCAGGUCGUCGAGGAAUCGGGAUUUGCCAAGUCGGACGAUGGACUCCAUCAAGAUGAUGUCGUCCUGCUAGUCCACUCGGGAUCACGAGGACUAGGAGGUAGCAUUCUCAAGAAGUACACAACCGACUCACGCACAAGCUUUCCGGACGAUAGCGAGGACGCCAAUGCAUACCUGGAGGAGCACAACAAGGCCUGCGAGUGGGCAAAGGCGAACCGAGAUCUGAUUGCCCUGCGGUUCCUUGCAUGUCUUGAGCCUGGCAAUAAAGACUGGCAGCUGGGCGACUCGAACGCAAGCGACUUCGGCGAAGAGGGCAUAACGAUGAUCGCGACAGCCAAAGCGGCACUGAGGAAGCGCAAGGUAGUUGACAUCUGGCACAACAACGUCGAAUGUGUGGCCUGGCCUCCACCUGCCCCUUCUUCAGCUGCGGAGGAACCUACGCCUGAACGCAGUCUGACCGAGGCGCUGGACCAAAUAGCACUUGGCGAUGAAAACACUCCAAAAGAAUACGUCUUUCUCCAUAGAAAAGGCGCAGCCCCAACAUACGACCCCAAAACUCAGUUGCCGCUCGGUCUCCUUCCACUGCCCGGUUCCCGGAGCACCGCCACGCUCAUCCUCCAGCCAACAUUCUCGGAAGCCAACUCAUGGGGGCUUAAAAACGGACUUUCGCUGGCCCAUGGCGCAGGACGAGCCAUGUCUCGGGCAAAGGCUCUCCAGACCCUGGGUAAGAAGUACAAAGGCAUCAACCUCUUGGAGCCGAAUGCAGAAGACCCAGAAGGCACGUGGGUUAUCUGUGACGAGAAAGACCUUGUCUUUGAAGAAGCUCCAUGGGCAUACAAAACCGUUCAGGAUGUCGCAGCGGAUCUGGUCGCUGCCGGUGCAGCGAAAAUAAUCGGUUGGUGCUGUCCUAGAGUCAGCUACAAGGUUCGGAAAGAAUUGGAUCUACUGAGGUAG